GUAUCCUCGUGAUACAUUUGAACAUAACUUCAUGUGCGUGCUAAAAUACCGUAGUUCGUCGCGUUCGCACACUUGUAGUGGCAGACAAAGAUAACGAAAGGGCUAUUACUCCAGCCAAUCAGCGCCCGAACAACCCCGGGACCUCCGCGAAAUGUGUCCCAAACCCUCCCCGCAAAGCUCAAGCUCGAGCUUUCAGCUUCACCCAACACCAUGACGCGCGAAUCUCGGCAUGGCACCCUGUGGAAGGGGCUUACAUGCCUGUUUGCCCUUCAAUUGCCCCUCGUGAGCGCGCAGGUCGCCGAAAUAGAGAAAGCUACAAAUGCGAGCUUGCUAUGGGGACCCUACCGCCCAAACCUCUACUUUGGCGUCCGGCCGCGCAUACCCAAGAGCUUGAUGGGCGGUCUGAUGUGGACGCGCGUUGAAGAUUACCAAAGCGUGCAGCACAACUUCCGACACACGUGCGAACAACAUGAGCUCGAUGGCUACGGCUGGGACGAAUACGACGUGCGCAGCGGCGGCCGACAGACGAUCCACGACCCGGCGAACAAGAUUGACAUCACCACCGAGUUCAUCAAAUUCCCUGGCGGAGAGCAUGGCGGCAGUUGGGGCGCGAGGAUCAAGGGUACACCGCGCGAAGACGCAGGCCCGAACCUACGCACGACUGUCGUCUGGUACAACACGCUCGCCGGAUUCGGCAACUUGGGCAUUGAAGGUGCUGACCUCGAAGAGCCUGGCAUCGAGGGCGACGUGGUGCUGAAGGGGCAGACCAAGGAACUGGGCGAAUUCGAGCUCACAGUCACCAAGGGCACGGGCGAACAUCCUGUAACUGGACAUCCCAGCUAUGACGAGAAGCCUCUGGACCGGACACUGGCACACAGCGGACAGGUUCCGGAGGAAGCGCUGUGGCAGGUCAAGGCCAUGAUGUUUGCGCACAUGAAGGGCCAAAUCGAUGUACUGGUUCCCAAGUACGGCGAGGAGAAUCCACCACCGCCUGCGCAGGUCUACACUAUCCAGCAUCUGCCGGGCAAGGGCAACAUGCACUUGGUUCAGAAGGUCUUUGAGGGCCCCUUCGAGUUCGACGUCAUCUUCUCAUCUGCAUCGGCGCCGGAGAAGAUCACAUCCGAGCAUCUCACCCAGCAAAUCGAUUCAGUCACUUCUAGCUUCUCGACUCGCUUCACGGACAUUUUCAAGCCCCAGACACCCUUUGUCAAGGAGCGCUAUGAGGAGUUUGGCAAGUCGCUCUUCUCGAACCUGAUCGGCGGCAUCGGCUACUUCUUCGGUGACUCUCGUGUCGAUAGAUCCUACGACCCCGCCUACGAAGAGGAUAGCGAAGGCUUCUGGGAGGAGGCGGCUGAAGCGCGAGCCAGGAACCCAGCUCAGCUAGAAGGACCGUCUGAGUUGUUCACUGCCAUCCCGUCACGACCUUUCUUCCCUCGUGGUUUCCUUUGGGAUGAGGGCUUCCAUCUGCUACCUGUUAUCGACUGGGACGCAGACCUCACCCUUGACAUUAUCAAGAGCUGGUUCAAGCUCAUGGAUGAUGACGGCUGGAUUGGUCGUGAACAGAUCCUCGGUCCUGAAGCUCGCAGCAAGGUACCAGAGGAAUUCCAGAUCCAAUACCCUCACUACGCCAACCCGCCCACACUCUUCAUGGUCAUCACGUCCUUCCUCGACAAGCUCGAUGAUAUGAAGACUGACACCAGUAGCGAGAAACUGCAGCAACAGAAGUCCUACUCGAUGCAACUCUCAAAUCGCGAAGCCGCUCUGGAAUACCUCCGCUCGCUUUACCCACUCCUCAAGCGCAAUUACUUCUGGUACCGCAAGACACAGGCUGGCGAUAUCAAGAGCUACGACCGGGAAGCCUUCUCCACCAAAGAGGGCUACCGGUGGCGCGGACGUACGCCUUCACACAUCCUCACUUCCGGUCUUGACGACUACCCUCGCGCUCAGCCACCCCAUCCUGGUGAGCUGCACGUGGACCUGAUCAGCUGGAUGGGUAUGAUGACCCGCGCGAUCAAGCGCAUCGCAAUCUACCUUGACGAGCAAGACGACGCAGCCGAGUUCGCACGCUAUGACGAAGCGAUUGUCCGCAACAUCGACGACCUCCACUGGUCGAAGAAGGAGAAGACCUACUGCGACGCCACCAUCGACGACUACGAAGAGCACUCCCUGGUCUGCCACAAGGGCUACAUCUCCCUGUUCCCCUUCCUGACGGGCUUGAUCGACAAGGACAGCGACAGACUGGGCGCUAUACUCGACCUGAUCGAGGAUGAAGAGGAGUUAUGGAGCCCAUACGGCAUCAGGAGUCUAAGCAAGAGCGACGAAUUCUACCAUACCGCGGAAGACUACUGGCGCGGUCCGGUCUGGAUGCCUAUCAACUACCUCGCUGUCUCGCAAUUACUCAACGUCGCAACCAAACCCGGCCCCCAACGCGCUCGCGCAACUAAGAUCUACACCGAACUCCGCAAGAACCUAGUCAACACCGUAUACGAGAGCUGGAAGGAAACGGGCUUUGCCUGGGAACAAUACAACCCCGAGACGGGUAAAGGGCAGCGCACACAACAUUUCACCGGCUGGACUAGCUUGGUCGUCAAGAUUAUGGCUAUGCCGGAUUUGAGCGGAGGUGCUGAGCAGGUGAGGGAUGAGUUGUAGAUGGGCAUGAGAUACGUGGAUGAAGUAGCGAGGUCAGUAUCAAGGACAGUACCGCUGCUUGCAUGCUAAAUGCAUGUGUGAGAUACUAAA